AUGGCUGACGCAGCUACAAUCGCAGUGUAUUCGGCGCAAUUGACAGCAUUGGAGGGCUCAAUUAAGGCGCUGAACAACUUUUCGCAAGGAAUUACGGCAGAUGCCCUGCCAUCAGUGGUUUACUUACAAACCCAGCAUGACCUGUUGGAAUACCUAUUCCAACAAGCGUCGAACAUCAUCCUUCAACUUGAAGGACAAGGUGAAGGAACGAAUAGGCGAGGGCCUUUCAUGGCAAUGUAUUGUGAAACCAAAACAGAUCUGCUCAAGUGGAUCCGAGUACGAGAGAGGGCCGAAAGACGGGACGCCUCUCCGAGGGGCCAGGCCAACGCAUUAGAGCAGACAUUGAUUGCCGGACCGAGCCGUCCGGAUCACCUUCCAAGGAUCGAGCUUCCACGUUUCAAUGGGUCGCCAACAGAAUGGUCGGCGUUUAGAAGCCGUUUCGAAAAGCGAGUUAGUGCCCUAACCGAGGACGCGGAUAAAUACGCCUUCCUCGGCAAAUGUUUUGAACGAUAUGAACCAGCAAGAAACGCUAGCGAGGCGUUCGAAAAUUCGGGAAUGCCAUUCGAUCAAGCGUGGCGCAAGUUAGAAGAAAGGUUUUACAAGCAAAGAAUAGCCUUUGAAGGCUACUUCUUCAACUUUCUCCGCCACCGCCGCGGAAAGGAACCAAAUCCCAGAACCAUUCUGGGUUUAGUUGAUGCUGUGGAUACCAUGCUAUCCGCUACGAAACAAAUCGCCGGGCAAACGAGCGAAUCAGACAAGGUAGCAAACGGGUUACUGAUUUGCUUAGUCAAGGAGCGUUUGGACGAACAGACGCUUAUGAAAUUGGAAGAACGACUAGACUUACAAAAAUUGUACUCAUGGAAAGAAUUCAAGGAGGAGCUAGAAAAAAUGGCCAAUCAACUAACGUGUAAGACUGCGGUAGAAAAUGCUCAUGCCACUAGAAAAGCAAAUAAAGCAGCCGCAUACAGCGCCACGAAAACUUCAGCGGGAGGAAGCAAACCUCCAAUACAACAAUCAAGAGAGUGUGCCUUUUGCGCAAACUCCAGUCAUGCAACACAUGCUUGCAAAGAAUUCGGAGCUUUAUCAAUUGAAGCCCGUCGGGAAGAAACACGGAAGAAAAAUCUGUGCUACAACUGUCUUUCAAAGACUCAUAAUGUGCGUAACUGUACCAGCAAUGGACGAUGUCGCGACUGCAAAGGUCGCCACCAUACCAUGCUCCACGAGAAUCGGGGCCAGGGAAAGGAAAGGACAACCAAAGUGAUGCAGUAG